UACGAAGACUGUAAGUUAGCGAGGAGCGUUCAGUGUGGGAAGCAGGAGCGAGGAGGACGGCAGCAUCCGUGCUCGCCCCUGCUACAUCACCCCUCUUGCUCCUGCUCCUUAAUGAACCUCUACAGCACCUCUACAUCUACCUACACCACGCGGGAGUUGUCACAGUUGCAAGGCCUGGCGGGAGAGCAGGUAGAGGCAUGCAGAAGAGCACAGUAGUGAAGGGCUGCUGGUCUUGCCAGACCUCCUAGACCCAGCAGUGGCGGGGAUGCUCUUGAGGACCGCAGCUAAUUUAAGCUCCGAGACUCGGCUGGCAGGUCCUCUGCCGUAAUUCCAUCUCUGCCAUGAGUUUUCUACAAGUUGUCAGAAAUGAAACAAAAAAAGAUGAAGACAGAUAAAACAGGAGAAGAAGACGCCUAUCUGUUCUCCUCGUGUUCUGAGAUGAGCCGAAGGCAACGAGUUGUUAUGGCCGUCAUCAUCCUGGGCUCCUUUGUUUACAUUAUUCUAACACAGGACUCGCAAGGGCAUCAAUCUCUCCCAGUGUCUCUUCCUGAGAGAAGAAAGAUAUACCGGUUCAUUAAUAGGAACUCCAAGCGAUCUGCUAUACACUUGCUUGGUGGAGCGCCUGGUGAACCUGUGCAUCCAGAGGUGCGAAAGUUCUGCUCAGCAUUGCUCAACCGAAAAGUUAAUAGCGAGGCAGAAAAUGAGAGCUCGCCUAUAAUCUAUGUUGUGACUCCUACUUACAAAAGACCGGAGAUGGUGGCAGAGUUAACCAGACUUGGUCAGACUCUGGCGAUGGUGCAGAGAAUACACUGGAUUGUGGCAGAAGACAGUGCCACUUGCUCUACUCCAAUUACUAGCCUCCUGCAGAGAUUGGGUCUUCCCUAUACACAUUUAGCUACUCCAAUGCCUGAUGUAUACCGUAGAGAGCGAUAUGUACCACGCGGUGUGUCAAAUCGCAGAGCAGCUUUACAGUGGGUGCGUGAUAAUGGCGAAAAUACUGGAGUUCUCUUUUUUUUGGAUGAUGACAAUGCUAUAGACAUUCGACUGUUUGAAGAAAUGAGAUCAACAGAAACGGUUUCAAUGUGGCCUGUUGGACUGAUUGGAGAAUAUACUGUUAGUUCUCCAAUUGUUAAAUUUGAAAAGGUGGUUGGGUUCUAUGAUGGCUGGCCAGCUGGCAGGAAAUUCCAAGUGGACAUGGCUGGAUUUGCUGUAGGGGUUGGCUAUUUGAAGAAACAGAAAAAGGUGACAAUGCCCUAUAUAGCUGGACAUGAAGAAGAUGGAUUUCUAAAAUCCCUAAAUUUGAGCUUAAAUGACAUUGAAGUGAAAGCUAACGGGUGCACAAAUAUUCUGGUAUGGCAUACACGCACAGCAAAGAAUCCAUUACGUACCCUUAAUUUAGAUAAUCAUCAAAGUAACAAUAUUCAAGUGCUAGCUGACAACAUGAGACAGAUGGGAAUGAUUAAGUAGUCAUUAGCGGUGAUUUUGUGUAAAUUUAUAUAAUCAUUUGGCCAUUAUUGCUGAAGUAAGUGAAAGCAAUAUAGGCCUAGUGAUAUUUUUAUGACAAAUGAGAUUUAAUUUUUCUCAUCGAUGGAAUUUUAACCAUAAAUAUGCAUUACGUCGUAAAAUAGCCACCAGUACUUUUAUCUAAUUUUGUCAGUUUCCAUACUACAAACUGUACAGGUUUCCAAUAAGGAGAUGUCUACUUUAAAAUCUACAAACUAAUGUAAAUUUAAAUAUUCUUACUUUCAGUAAUUAUAAAAAAGGAAGAAGAAAUGCAGGAAUGACCAAAUAUUUCUGGAAGAAGCGGUCAUUUGAAUACUGUUAGUACUCGUUAUGAAUUAAGUUGAUGAAGGCUCAUAGUUUUUCAUCAUCUAAUUAUUAUUUUAUAAAGUUUAUUUAUUUUAUAAAGUUUCUCGGAGACACUUUUAUAUGAAAAAUUUGUUUGCCGUUGUUUUAUAUAUUCGGAGAGCUUUGUUUCUUCCGUUAAGGACUGGUAGAUAGCAUACUUGUGGCUAUGGUUGCCCAUUGAAGCACUUAAAAUGGAGGAAGCAAGAUUUGGUCUUCUUAUCACCCUUGAAUGGUUGUUUUCUUUACAUUUACAUGUAAGUGUUGAUGGUCUGCUCUGUUUUCUCUGCUUCCAUAUUGCCCUUGAAUAAAUGUUGAACUAGUUUCCCAGUAUUUGUCGUUCAUGUGCUUAUACCUUUUUAUUUCUUGACAUUCUUUCCCAUCUGCUUUCUAUUUUGCCGCAGGCUUUCCUCAUCCUUCCCACACCUGCUUCUUUGUGUGAAUAAGCAUCAACUGCCUGACAUUUUUAUGGCCAGACUAACAUGUGAAAUUCUAUUACACCUGUGGCCAUAAAUGGGAUUGGGUGCUUCCGGAGAGAUUUAACUGAGAAAAGUAAUCGGAAUUUAAAACCUUUAGAAUGAAUAAUUAACACAUGUUAAAAAAAGUACAAAUGCAUAUUUUGCUAUUAAAAGUGGAGUACUGUUAACACAAAUGUAGGAAGACUGAAGAUAAUUUUUUAGGAGAAUUGUUGGAGAGAAGAGAGUAAAAGGCUGAAGGCACACCUAGAGAUAAAAUUUAAUUGGAAGUUGAGAAUAUAGUGAACCAGCAAGUGUGGAGCUUCCUUGCAGAUGUGGUCAGUCAAACUUUCAAUGCAAGUGUGGUCAUGGUAAAACCUUUGGGGCAAAUGCGAUCCGAGUAAAACCUUUCGGUGUGAAAGUGGUCAAAGUCAAACUUUUGGUGUGAAAGUGCCUCAUAAGAGGUGUCAGAGAAAAACAUGUCUUGAGAAUGUGGUUAGAACUUGAGUAACUUUAAAAUAACCUUCUUUAUGUAGCAAGAGUAGAGUCUUCAUUGUUGGGGGGAGGGGGGGUAAGUGGAACCCAUUGUUGCUUCUUCCAGUUUAGUAAUGUAUUUGCAUGGGAAAACCAGCCAAUUCGUCAGUAUCAUUAUUUUCUUGCAUCAUGCAAUUACAUUAUCAAAAUCUUAGAGAUGGUGAAUGGUUGAGACAAUUUUGUAUGUUCUCUUCAUUAUUAUAUUAUGAGCAGAACACUCAAAUUUGAUGCCAAGAAAAAAUGUUGCACCCUGUUGCUUUAUUCCGGACUGUUAUUACUCAGUACAUAUUAAAUGUAGGAAUUUAUAUUUUCCGUAGGUUUUUAUAGUUCACUGGAAUCUCUCAUACGAUAUUAAGUUCAGGGUCAUUGACUUGGAAACUUGGUACCCAAUUCAUAUAAUGAUAUGCUUGUCAUACAGUUGGGUCAACCCAGUUGAGUCUAGCCUGUAACUGGGUGUGUGACUUCAUGUGCAUCCUCAAUAAACCCAGUAGACUUCCUAUACUUGAAAAUGGAAGAGCAUGUAUCAGCCAUUUUGUUUUCUCCUUGACUUACUUUCCAUAACUAUUCAUGAAUUGCUGUUCCCUGUUUAUCAAGCAAGGCAAAUAUUAAAUUCUGAUUGUUAAACCAGUCAUCCAAUUGUUGAAUUGAACACUUUUUAAAGCCUGAUAUUAGUAAGAUUUAUAUUGUUUUUAUUCAUUAUUUUUAGCUGUGUGUUUCACCCUGAAUAAUUAAUAAUUCAUUAAUCAAAUUAAAUCUUGGUUAUUAAGAUUUUAAAUCUUCCAAUGAGAUAUAUGCAUGUUCUCUGUGGGGGGGUGUUUUUGUCAGUAGCUGGCUGACCAAAAGCUACCCAAGAUCAGCUUGUGCACAGUUUAUAGUGAACAAAAUAUAUGCUCUUCCCCUGAACCCCCGAGUAGUUCACACCCCUCCAUUUCCAGUACUCUUGUAAAUAAUAUUUUCACUUGGUGUGUGGGUAUUAAAUCAUUUAUUUUAUCUAUCCUGGAUGUAUGUUCUUAAACAUCUAGCAGAAUUUCUUGUUUACCAAAAUGUGUAUCUGUGUUUUUAAUACCAGCUGUUGCAUAGGGAGAAAUAUUAAUUGUUACAUUCCCCUAAAUUUUAUUUGUACAAAUCCUAUUAAAUUUAAUUAAUAGAUUUAAAUAAUUUGUAUAAAAUUAUUUGUACAAUUUGAUGUACCCAUCAAAUUGCUCAUUCAUUCAUUUGUUCACCACAUUUUUAAAUAUGCAUCAUUGCUUUUGAACCACUGGUUAGUAAUUUAAUGAAAGUUCCAUUCAGUGCAUGUAUAACAUCAUUGGAGAAUGUCACAGGUCCGUGCAUAAAAGACGAGAUCUUGAAUAUACAGUAGAUAAAACUUCUGUUAGAAUCUUUUAUGUCUACUAUAUAGAUUUCAAAAUGAUAUUGAUACAACUUGAUGAAAGUGUAUCACCACUACACAGUGUGUCAUGUUCUAAAGCCAAGUUCUUGUAUUGAAGUUGCAGGUUACAAAGUUAGGGUACAUAAUAUGCUGUAGGUAGGGAUUAAUAUGCUCCAUGGGCACAUCUCUAGUUCAGGAGUCUUCCUUAGUAGUGGAUAAUAUUCAAAUGUUGAAUUAUAAAACCAUAAUGGUUAGAAAGGGUUCCAUACUGUAGUUCAGCAACUACAGUAUAUGUAUAUUUUUAAAUGCAAAUUGCAAAAAUGUUUAUAAUCACGGUUUAUAUCUUUGAAGCCUUUGUUCCUUCUGGGAACUCCAUAUUUUCCAUGAGUUCACUACUUGUUAAACUUUCUUCUAGUAGGUUCAAAGCCUAAUAAAGGAGUACACCUAUCAAAGAAAUUCUACAUGCGGGUGUGACUGAUGUAAAAGUGAAGCUACCGUUUACUUUCACUAAGAAGCAAUGAAUGUGUGGAAAUAAUGAGGAUUGCCUUCAGUAUACAUACACAAAAGCCAGAAAGUAGAAUGGAAGAGAAACAUAAAAAAAAAUAGAAAAGUACAUGCAAAAAAAAAAAGUGAAUGGGGAAAUAAUAUAGAAUAUAGUGAAAGAGUGAUAUGGAGGAGACAGUGGUGCAGGCUAUCAGAUAAGCGUAAGUGUAAACAGUGAAGAGUAUCAUCAGUAAGGGGACUGAUGUAAGUGUUGCCAAAGGAGAGAACCAUCAUUAGGAGAAAGAUGCAUCCUCCUUUAUUUCCCCCACUACAGUGCUUCCCAUGGCCAACCGAGGCUAGCCAUCUGCUACAACAAUUACAGUACAGUAUGUUAGGUGGUAUAUUUAAUGUGAGAGCAAACAUAGUGCUUGACCCAGGUACAGUGGAUUUUUUUUUGUAUAUACAGUACAGAAAUACUGUAGCACUUGUGGUGAAGCAGUUGGCCGCUUCCUUAAAGGCCAUUUAUGAUAGUACUUUAAGAUAAAUUUAGUUCUAUAAUAUAAAGUAUGCAAAUAUAUUGAUGACGAGAAAGUUAUUGAAUUUCUUAAAUGUAAUUGAAAAGCUAACCAGUGUUUCUAAGCAAGGUUACCUUGACGCUUCCCUAGCCAUGGCCUGGGUCUACCAAGGACAUUUACCAUAUAUCUGGAUCUUUGUGAACUUUUUGUCCCACUAUAAAAAAAAACUUUCAAAAUGUUAUGCCAUGUACUGUAGUUGAGGCAAGGAGACAGUGGAGAGUCUUACCUCACUCCACAACUGAUAUACUUUUCAAUACUAUACAAAAGAGCAGAACAAAUCCUUCGAGUUAUUAUUUGAAGUACAAGGAAUACCAAUUACUGCUCUGCCAACUAUCGAGAUAAAUAUUCACGGCCUGACUGGGUGGCAGUCAAGUUGUCACCAUUACAGGUUCAGAGGAGUCAGUAGCCCUCUUUUUGCUUGGAGUCUACCUGUUUUACACAAAGCUCUGCACAUGUAGAUUCAGUUAAGUUGACUGUUUAUUCUUUGAGACUUUUUCUCUUCACAGGGAGUUCACUGUUUUAGCAUUCACUUUAUGAUGUGGUGCCCAGUCAUUUGCAUGUCUGUAAAUAUUGCUAUCCUUCAUCUUUGUUACAGAGUUCUCGUCCCUUGCAGUACGGUAAUUGUCGAGUCUGGCAUACUCGGUUAUUUUUUCCGCUGUUGUUUACUUUUAGCAUGUUUUGGCUCUUCUUAGGUUGUGCCAUUACCUUGGUGGUGCAUUUGACCUUAAUCCCUUUACCAAUGCUUUGGUGCUAGGCUCCCUAUUUAUAUACACAAACUUGGGUCAUUAUGUACAUCAUCUAUUGUAGAUGAUGCCAUAGUGGUUUUAGCCUCCCAGGUUCUACUUAAGGGGGGGGCAAAAGUGACCUUUUAUUACAGCAUUUUAUUUUUGUUUAUUAAAUUGUUACCUUUGACUUUUGUGUCCUUGGUAGUAUGGGAUUCUGUGACCAUGCACUGAAUACAUACCUCUGCUUAAUGAACCGCUACCUCAGGAAGAGGCCUGGGGUUGGUGGGCUUACCUCUUUUACUUGUAUACUGUAUCUUAAUAGAGUACAAUGGUUACUGCACUGUCUCCUGGAUCCCAAGAGGUAAUACAGAUUCCAGGUUAUUUUUCUUGGGUCCCUGGAAGAAUACCAUUGAUUUCCGGGAUUGUGCCCAGGUUUCACAUGUGCAUGCCCCAGAUCUCUGGGCAAGUACCUGAGGGGUAUUCCAUGGAUUUCCGGUGGAUAACCCAGGCUUCCCGAUUAGGGUUAACAGAUCCUUAGGUGAAUCCCCUUAUAUCGAGAGCUUUCACAGUGAUGAAAAAAACGGGACUUCCUUUCAGAUACACAAAAACCAUUGGGCUUCAUCAGGAGCACAGUAAAGUUUUGGACUUCCACCAGGUACCGUGUUGAAUUUUCCCAGGUCCCAGGUGUAUAUCCUGAGGAUAUUUUUUUGGCUCUUACUCAGCAAUCAGGAGCACUCUUUGUAAGUGCUGGGGACCAUACCCUGGGAUCUUAUUUAUGGGCUGCCCAGUUCCCCUGAUCUCUAUUCAGAUGACUUAUGUCCUUGGUUGAGUUCUGCUACCCCUGUGCUUGGACAGGGGUAGCAGACACCCUCCAGUGUUCUGGUGGGUGUUCAAAGAUUAUCACAUCCUCCAGAACUACUUAGUGGUUCAUAAAGGUGUAUGAAUAAUUAGUUGUAUAUAAUGUGUGUAUAUAUGGUGUGAUAACAGCAAAAAAGGCGUUUUAUUGUUCUUAUAAUAUAUUAUAGUGUAAAUAUUAGACAGAUAUGUCUGUACAUAGCAAUGUUAUUGACAGCCCAGUGCAUUGCACAGGGAAAAACCAUGGUCAAACAUUAAAAAUACAAAAAAAAUCUAAAUAUAUUGAAUGCAUGCACUUACAACUUGUGCUUUUUACAGUUCUGGCAGUACAUACUUUGAUCACUGGUUCCGAGAUUAUCACACUCUUCAGAAUUUCUUAAUGGCUUGUAACACUGCAUUAUCAUGUUGAUAUUUCUAUAUAAUGUAUAUAUAGAGUGCAAUAACAGCAAAAACAAUGUUUCAUUGUUCUAAGAAAUAUGGUUUGCAUAAUGUAUUAGUGAUAAUGUGUGUGUGUUCCGCUAUUUCACACAUUCUGUGACAUAAAGUCUGUCAGUUUACAGCCCAAUAGAUAAUUGUACAAAAAAAACUUUAAAAACAUUAAGAGUGUGAUAAAAAUCAAUGUAUUAAUGCGGAAGGCAAGAGCCACCCUUCACUACACCCAAGGUACUGUAAUUUACUUUAGAUUUUGAAAGCAAUUUUUCGAUGAUAAAAGUCAGACAUUUGUAACAACAUAGAAAGCCAACAUAAUUCAAAUUAAAAAUCUUGUGCACACAGGCAAUGUUUCUUUAUUGCUAGCACAGCCUAGGGGGUUAAUAAGGAUAAACUCUGCAAUCUCCUCAUCACAAUUACAUGGCAAGACUAUCUUAAAAGAUUCUUGUACAAGGGCAAAAUAUUUUCUCGAGUCCAACAACUGGGUAGUGUACUUAAAGGUGCUCAGUCUGUAAAUAAAGGUGAAACAAAGACACCACUGGCAAAGGCACCACUCUGGCAAAUGCACCAAAGGCAAGUUUGAAAGUAUAUUUUAAAUUUUUUCAGUUUCUUAAUACUUGCUGACAUUACUUAAAUUGUACCUCACUGAGUAGUUGUCCAUGUUCACAUCAUCAAAUCAUCAUUACUAUCAACUCCACUGCUGUUGCCACCACCACUUCCACCAUCAUUGUUGUCGUUGUCGUCAUCAUCAUCAUGGCAAAGUGUGCCAUAUCAAUAUUCAUGAGACCACUAUAGAUAAUUGAAGGACAUAUUCAUUUAAUUUGAUUUAUAUAUCUUCAGUCUUAAAGUUCACUUAAACAAAACAAGACUAUUCUUAGAUUUUGAAGCUGCCGUUUGUUGAUUUGUUUGUUGCAUUAGCCUUAUACUGAUGAACAUUCAACUAUUUUUGGGUAUUAAUAUUACAUUGAUCAAUAAUAUAAUUCAUAUUGCAGACUUUUUGCCUAAACACACAUGUGUGUUGAACCAUGGCCUGGGUUUUUAUAUCAAGAAAUUCAUUUACAUUAAAAACUUUUAGUGUAAGAGUUUUUAUGGAUAUGCAGAUAGUGCUUGGAAGUGAAGUCAGCUUGUGAGUGAAGACCAAGUUUUUAAUAUUUUGGAACUUUUAUUGCAAUUAUUUUGAAAGUCCAUGCCAUCUUUAUUAAUUAGUUUUCUUUUUUUUUUUUUUUUACUAUAUACAGUAUUGUGCAUGUUUUGGGAAUUUAAAUACCCCCACAUUUGUUUCUCAUUAUGAGGAACCAAAGCUUGGUUUUGGUUUUGGGGAAGAUUAUUGAAACUAGAGGUGGUUGCCCAAACUUCAACUAACUCGUUUGCUCUGUGUAGAUGGUGAGAGUGCGACACUUGGCUGAUCUUAUCGCCUUUAAUUCUUUUAACAUCCUUUCAUGCCUGGACUGAGGGGGAUGUGAGAGUUGACUGUUAACAAAAGUUUCCCAAUUAUCUUUUCUGAGCUCUGUCGUGCACUCCCUCACCUUGGCUUGGGAUUUCUGAAAGAGCUUGAGUAUUGCUGGCAUACGUGUUUCCCUAUAUGCAAAUCCAACUCGUCUGGCAGUGCGUUUCAAAGUACGCAGUUUGGGGUCAUUGCAAUAGGCAUGGUGUUUAUUAUUUUUCAUAUCGUUCCGACUAUUGGAUGGUGCUGGGGGCCGACCUAAAGGGUCGGUGACAUCUGAAUGUUCUGUACUAGAUCAUCGUUAAAUGUUUGGAUUGUGGAUAGGUCAUAAGUGCUGUUCCACUCUGACACAUGAGCAAUAAAGUCUUCAUGUCGAGCAGGAGGAACACUGAGCCAUUUGUGCUUAAAAGUCCCACCGGGCAGGAUGGUAUUUCAGAUACACAGAGUAGUCAAUCUAGGGUGAUGAUCUGACAACAAAUCUGUUACAAUAGAUGAUGUUUAUAAGAGCAUAUUAAUUUAUUAAUUUUAGAUCUUUUGAACAUAUAGUUUCUUUUUUCCAUAUACAGUGUUCUAAGUAUCUUCAUGAGUCAUUGGUUAAGAACAUAAUGUAUUUUUAUUACAUCUUAAUUACAGUAUAUAGAUAUUCAUAUAUCAUUGGUAACAUUUAACUGCAGAUAUCAUGUGUGAUGUAGGUUAUAUUUAGUUUUGUUUACUUGAUAUGUAUCCUACAGAGUUUAAUGUAUAACGCAUUUUAAAUUGCAGGCGAUAUGAAUAUAAAUUUUUUUGGUUUAAGAAAGUCAUUAAUGUAUAGUGCAACCUCCAUAGAAUAGUCUCUUGGGAUACCAUUCUGAACUACCAUACUGUGUCAAUGAUUCCACUGUACAGUACAGGUAUCAAGAUUUUACCAUUUCCUACUAUUGCCAAUAAUUAUUAUUAUUAUUAUUAUUAUUAUUUUCAAAUAAUAAAAAGACAGCUUAUAUGGGAGGGCCCUCUUAGUAGCUCCCUGACCUAAGUGCUGGUUUAGUCAUGCUAUAGAAAUGGGUAGGAGGUGGGGUACAAAAAGCUAGAUCUCGCUUCCACAUAGUCACUGACAGGUCAAAGUUGCAGCAGGUAUCUGAGACCCAUCUUUGCCUAACCAGAGUGAGGACCAGAAUAUGCCCUCCCUUGCCAGGCAAGAGGAGCUUGGGGAGCAGAGAUCAACCCAAAACUAAGAAAACAUCCACCACAAAGCAAAUCUUGUGGUGCACUUGUCACUGCAAUCAAGUCACAGCUGAAAGGUUCCAGGUUCAAUUUGUGAGGAAGGACAAGCAUUUGCAUAAUAUUUCUUUUUACCUGAUACCGCUGUUCACCUAAUAGUAAAUAGAUAUCCAGGUAGUUGGACAACUGUUGUGAGUUGCAUCCUGGAGAAGGUCAGUAGUUGACCUUAGGGGACCUCAAUAAGCCAAACAGGCUUCCUGUCUGUGAUUGUUGGGAACCGUAAGUGCAACAAAACAAGUAACUGUUGAAAAAAUUAAGUACUCGGUGGUAAUGUGGCAAAGUCAUUGCCAUGGGGGGUAAACAUCCUAACCUCGCUGUGCCUGACAGUCACCAGCCCAGAUCACACCUGAUGCUCCAGUCAGCCCAAACCAAUGAAGCUCUAAUGAGCUGCCUGAACCAAACACCACCACCCUACAGGAAAGAAGUGAACAGUAUUUAUUUAUUUAUUUAUUUAAUUAUAUGGUGAUCUAGAUUUACUAAGUGCUAACUAGAAAAAUGUAGUUUCAUUACAAACAAUGUUUCAUUUCUGGGAGGGCCUGCCUGGUACUUUCCUGAGUUAACUAACAUAGUGCCUUGGCAGAAAGCCAGCAUUUUUUAAGAAUGUGUCCAGGCUUACCUUGGGUAGAAAGCAGUAGACGAAGGCUUGGGUAUGAGGAGCAUCAGCAGUGUUUCAGGUUUAAAGAAUGUACAGUAGUUGAUCACCCAAAACAAGCAGAGCUUGAAUGUGUGUGAUACCAUAGCCAGAAAGUAGUAAUGACUGAAACAUCACUCUAGUUACUUCUUUCUCUUCUGUUCUCUUACUUCUUUCUGUUUCAUUAUAUCAGUAUUUAAGAUACAUUUCAUUACUUGAUAGUCUCAAGUAAAGAUGUACCAUUUGGCUCAUGACACAUGUUGGAAAAUAUAGUACAAGGAAGAUAACUGAAGCAACUCUUACCUCUCCCAGUUCUAUCCUGGACCACACCCAUGUCACACCGGGUUCAUAACAUUAUGUACCAACACUACACUCAAACCAAUAUGGCUCCACGCCACAUAGCCUGAUCUCCAGUAUCAUGCCCUAUAUUGAUAACCCUUUAGCCCAUCUCCACUGUUAGUAGUCAUUUAUACUCACAAUCAAAGUUUGACUAACACCAUCAAUGAAGCUGGAGCCAGAUUCACGAAGCAGUUAUGCAAGGAGAAUAGCAAGUUACUAUAAAAACAGUAUUAAAACUACUGUAAAUACUACUAAAUGUAGGAUUAUGAUAAAAACAAGCAAAUUUGAAAGUACAGUAUGGGUAUUCUUCCACAAAGUCAGUUUAGUGUAUUGAGUUGCCCCUGAUCUGGCAAAUUACUGUUCUAUUGUUUUAGAAUGUUUGGUAGCCAAAAUCAAUUCUGUUGAGGCUGCACUGCAUAGUAUAUAUAGUGUAUAGUCUAGUGUAUUAAAAUAUUGUAUUUGGGUUUUAUAGCUGUGUAUGUGUUGUAAAUAUGUGUGUGACAAAGUGAGGCAUGCUAAAGAUAACUAAAUGCUUUAAACUUAGUUUUUGUGAACUAAAAUUUAAAUAUGAAAAUAUUGGCGAGUUCAGUUAUUAAAAUUGUAUCCAGUUGUAUACUGCAUUGUAAAACCUAGUGUCAGAGCUAUACUACUUGGUGUGUCUUGUACACCAUGAACAGGAGUAUGUACAUUCAGGUUAAAGUUAACUUUUGCAUCAAUACAGUGGGAACGUGAAAAGAUCCCCUUUGCACUAGGGAAAUAGCGGGACAUUGCCUAGGAGAGCAACCGAAUGGCUUGUUGAGAAAGGAGCUUUUCAGCUACACUCGUAGCUUCAUUUAUGAUUUACCACUCGUGACAUUUUAACAUUGCUUGGAACUUGAUUACUGUUACUGGUGGUUGUUGUGUAUGGUGCUACAAAUCUUUCAGUGGUUAGAUCACUAUCUUAAUGUUUGAGGUUAACUGACUGAGUUUUUUCACAAUCUUUUUAUGAUGAGCUAUUAACAUUUGUUAUUGUACAGUACUGAGCACUUCAGUUAAAGAUUGUUAAAUAAAUUUGUGAUUCAUUAAAUGGAGAGUGAGAUUUAGAAUUUCAGAUAAAACAGAAGAUGGUCAUUGUGUUCAGGUUUUAUAUUUAUAAAAAGCAAAGCAGAGUUGUUUCGUGCUUCCAUCACAUUGAUAUCUGUGGAAUCAAAAAUUAAGAUUGUUAAUACUACUGUAUUUUUAGUACAUUUUGACCAGUUGAGUAAGCACUUUUGAAACUAAUCACAUAUGUUUACAUUUUUAGUAUGUAUUAAGCCCAGCUUCGUUUAUUAAGGCCUUUAAUGCAUUUUAUAAAGCUAUAUUUUACAUGAGAAUAUUUAUGGAAAUAUGAUGCACACAUUACAGUAACUGAUUAUUUUGAUACACAAAAAUCCAUAAAUAUAACUUACACAUGUGGGAGGAAUACUGUAUAUGUAAUUGUAUACAUGUGUAUAAACCUUUAUGCUAUGUUGUUAUACAGUGAUUAAUCUGUUAUUGUAAAUAAAUAUGGCUUUGAUAGUUUGACAGUGAAUGGAUAUUUUCUACUUCCCACAUAAAUAUAUGUAUUAUACAUUAGGUGAAACAUUUGACAUUAAAUAGUUGGUUGCAAAGCAUAAACUAGGGUUCUAUUUGAUUAAUAAGUUGCUUGUAUUUGUUUCUCUAAUUAUGUGCAUGGUUAUAAUGCCAAAAUGUUACGUCCUAAAGUAUCCAUCUCUUUGCUAGUUACAAUCGACUUGAGAAUGGUCCAGGACGGACCGAAGCGUCGUCGUCCCUUCACUUUCUAGUGUGUGGUCUGGUCAACAUAUUUCAGCAACGUUAUUGUGACUCCUCGUCUGCUUGCUUAUGUAUUGUUGGCUAAGAAAUCAUAGAUGCUGGCACUUGCUGUCAUGCCAUCUGAUUAGCUCAAAUCCAAAAGAAAGAGUCAAGUUGAUUAGACAUACAGUACUCUUUUGAUCAUGAAUUGUUCUUAUUCUAUACCUGACAAUACUUCAUUAUACUGGACUGUACAAGUUCACUAAGUACUGUAAAUUAAGACAGAAUAUUGUACACAGUGGAUGACAGGAUAGUAAUACUACAGUAAUUGUAAAAUACAUUACUGUAUAAGGGUGCUCACCAAAGAUCCUGUUGUUCCUCCACAUUUGAUCUUGUAAUGAUGUUUAUGUUAGUAUGUGUGUGGUAAUUAAGGUAGGAGGUGGAAAUUGAGGCUGAGAUACUGAGUGAUAGGUUUACAUGGAGGAAUAACACUAGAGGCUUCAAUAAAAGCUGUCUUGACAGCCCUCUUGAGUGUUACUUGUUUCAAACUUAUGCACUUAUUCUCACACUCACUCAUUGCUAGUAUAGUGAAUUGGAAUAUUUAAAUUUCAGCUACUUUCUGAAGUACUGUAUAAUCAUAUUCCCACUGACUUGGUUGUAAAAUCCUAACAAGUUCACAAAUAUUGUAUAUUUGUAUCAUGCCAAAAUGUCUUGCAUAUACUGUUCGUUCCUUUCUGUGUCACAUUUUAUCCAACCUAACCAUUAACAAUCUCACAAGCACUGUUUAUACAAACUUUUAAUACUAGAUUCUUGCUCUUUUCACUAGAAUCUAAAUAGAUAAAUGUUUGCAAUACACUUUGUAUGUAUAUCCCUUCUAAUUGUAAAAAAUUUCAGUCAUGGAAAGUCCCAGUAAUAAAACUUUGUAAAGCGUUGGCUGAAAGUAAAAGAUUUUAUCUGAUCCAAGUACAGUACAGUAUUCAAAUAACUUUUUAUUUAACAUUUAGUUAACAAUGUAGCAUUUUCUUUUGAGAAUUGCCCUACUUUUGAUGCGUAGUUUACUGACCUGACAUUUGAGAUUGUGUGGCGAUGUCACAAUGUGUGGUUUGCUGAACAAAUUGUUUUGUUUUGUUUAUACAAUAGAUUACCAUCUUUGCUAAAAUCUUUGUUACAAAUUGUAUAUUCUACAACUACUCAUGUUCCUUAAUUGGAUGUCUCCCAAUAUUAUUUUUUAAUGAUAACCUCACUGUUUUGAAUGUUGUCUUUCUUCACUUACUAAUUCUUUGUAAUGUUUAAAUGUUAAAUGUGAUGUUUAAUGAAUAAACAGACUGAAUGUUGCAUUAAAACAAGAGCUUCACAUAACCAUCACGAAACCAAGAUUAUUCUAUUGCUAAUGCAACUUCUUCAAGAAGUGAAUAUCUGGUUUGAUGGACAAAAGGCAGAAGCUGCCAGCAGAUGUUAAGGGAACACCAGUCUUGGAUGAGUUUAUCAAGGACAAUGCUUCCUUUAUGGAAAACAUCUUGAGGCCAAGAUGUUUGUCACUAAACAAAACAUUGUUUGCAUUAAAGGCUUGAAGCUUGAUGAGCAAUUCCUUGAACACUACUGGGUCUGUAAUGACAUUUUUGUCUUGAACGUGGUAUGAAUUUAUUCUUUGUAAGUAAAAAAAUAAAUGGUUUGUAUAC